AUGGCAACGGAUCACACGGAGCUGGUGGCAGAGAUGGCCACGAUCGGCCGGCUCAGUGCCACAGAGCGCCUCAAACAUGCACAGAAGCGGCGUGCGCAGCAGCUCAAGGCCUGGGCCCAGAUGGAGAAGGACGCGGUCAGAGGCUCCAGGGCCAAAGCCGAUAAGAAAAAAACACGGACCAUCAGAGUGACUUUUCCCAGUGCAGUGACGCUGCUGGAUGCAGCUGCACGAAACGAUGUGCAGGAAGUAAGGGAGCUGCUCAAUAAAGGUGUGAGCCCAGAUCUGUACAAUGAAGAUGGACUGACGGCUUUACACCAGUGCUGCAUCGAUGACUUUGUGGAGAUCGUGCGCUGCCUCCUGGACGCCGGCGCCUGUGUAAACGCCUGUGACAGUGAGCUGUGGACGCCGCUGCACGCUGCUGCCACCUGUGGCCACACGGGGCUGGUGCAGAUCCUCAUUCAGGCUGGAGCAGAACUUUUGGCCGUGAAUGCAGAUGGGAACAUGCCUUAUGACUUGUGUGAAGACGAGGCCACUCUGGAGCUGCUGGAGGUGGCUAUGGCGGAGCAGGGUGUAACUCAGGACCGCAUCGACGAGUGCAGAGGAGCUAAAGAGAAGAGCAUGUUGGCCGAUCUUAAAGCCUCCGUUCAAAAUGGAGCAGAUUUAAACGCUCAGGAUGAAAACGGAACAACAUUGCUUCACAUCGCAUCUGCCAACGGUUAUGUGUCUGUGGCUGAGCUGCUGCUGGAGAAAAAGGCUCAGAUUGAAGCAAAGGACUCUGAUGGAUGGACCCCGCUGCACGCUGCCUCCUGCUGGGGACAAAUCCAAAUGGUGGAGCUGCUCGUUGCUCACGGGGCUGAUUUGAACGCCAAGUCUGCGCUGGAUGAAACGUCUUUGGACGUGUGUAUGGACGAGGAGGUCCGAGCCAAACUCAUGGAGCUCAAACACCAACACGAUGCCAUUAUGAAGAGCCAGGACCGACAGAAGGGCACUCUGCAGCGGAGAGCCUCCAGCACCGGCAGCCGAGGGAAGGUGGUGCGGCGCGUGAGUGUGAACGAGCGCUCCAGCCUGUACAGACGGGAGCACCACAAAGAGGCCGUGGUGUGGCAGGAGCGCGGCCGACAGCUCGAGCCUCAAGACGACGACGAAGAUCGACAAACUGACAACGAGCUGCAUCUACAAGCCAUGAUGGCCAGCGGAGCCACCUCACGAUUGGAGGAGCUGGAGGCUGCAGACCGCAAGAUCAUGCCCGGGCAGGAGAACGGCGAGACGUCUGUGUCUUUGUCCUCGUCGGUCCCCGGGGAGCUGUGGACCGGAGGAGGCCUCAUGGACCGCAGUGCCUCCUACCAGCUCAGCGCGGCCCCCGAGGCGGCGUCUGCGGACGGCGACGGGACGGACAAUAUCAGCCGAGAGCGCUCCCACCACACGUUAGCCGACCUGAAACGCCAAAGAGCGGCCGCCAAGCUCGCCAAGUACCCGGCCCCGCAGCCCCCUCUGCCCCCCGCGCUGGAAGAAGAGCAACCGGGGGAGGCCUCCACUCCGCAGGCCCAAGAAGAGCCCCCAGAACCCACGGGCGAGCAGGUAGCACCCUCAAGUCAAGUGUACUUUACUCCCGCCAGUGGAGACCCUCCGCUGCUGAAACUGCGCGCCCCAGAAGAAGUGGAGCAGGCGAAAAACAAGGAGCCGUGUUGUGGACUCAUGUAG